GUCGAUAUCAGGGCAGACUGAGCAGCACAUGUCAUCAGACUCCAGUAACGUUACCGGGCAAGAGUAAAUAAACAGCCCAAAUACCAACAGACUCGCCACUGGUCAUUGAUCGAUCCUCUGAGACAUCCUCAGUGGAAUAAUGCGAUGUACCCCAGGAUCACAGUGGACGUCCAUUGGCACUAGCGGACCCUAGUUUCCAAAUUUAGGUGCCCAAGUCACGCUCUAGCGUCGAAAAACGGAGGCUUAACAGAGACUACCGACUCUUCCCAUGUUCCCCUGUUUUCUUCCAUGUCUCCAUUUCCACCUGCUUCUGCUUCUGCCUCUUCUUUUGCAUCCUUACCUUCUAACUAAUUCCUUCUUGGGUGCUAUUCACUUUCGUUAUUGGCCAACUCAGUCUACAGUCUCUCGCUUGUCUUCUCUGACAGUUGGAAUCUAUACCACUCCUACUAUAUUCGAUCGUUGUCUUGGCAUAUCCCCUAUUCCUCCACUGAUCGACUCAACAAUCCAUCUUCAACACUUCGAAUCAUACAACACUUAAUAACUCGACAUCAUGCGUUUCACCAAGCACGUCCUCCCCAUCGCCAUCCUCCUCACCGGUGUCAUCGCCGCCAAGGACGAGCAGUCUACCACUGCCGUCGAAAAGGCCAAGGCUACCGACGACAAGGCCUCCGCGACUGCCGACGACUCCAAGACAGCGGACGCGACAGAGGAGGCUUCUGCAACUGCUACGGGCAAGGAUGACAAGAAGGAGUCAAAGACCGACAAGUCCGAUACCAAGUCUGCUACCAAGGAGAAGUCGGCUGCUUCUCAAACCACGGCUGAUGGACCUACGAUUACCUGGGACCCUCCUGCUCCCAAGACCACGGUCCCUGAUAUCAACGCCGGUUCUCCCUCGCCCAUGACUCCUGGUGUUGUUGUUCUGUCGUUGGUACUCGGCAUCACAUCUCUCGGAAUGGCUCUGCUAUGAGAGUACCUGCCAUCCUCCUUAGAGAUCAUUGCACAUUUCAGCUUCUGCAAUGGUUCUUCUCGGCAAGCGUUUUUGGUUGAACGGGGUUUGUUCAUUUUAUUUCACAUGAUUGUGGCGCUAUACGGAAUAUCAAUGGCAACGGGGAUUGACGAUUUUUCUCUGGCCUGUAAUUUGGUAGAUGGACGCGUAUGUUUGUGGCGCUCAGAUAAGCCUCAUUUGUUUCGAAGAAGAAAAAAAAAAAGAUGGGAGAUUGCGAAAGGAAUGAAGAAGGUUAUGGGAGAAAAAGUAUCUGGAUCGCACUUGGAUCUGGAAGAGCAUUGCAUUGGAGUAAUACUGUCGAUAUAAGUAAUUGGGUCAAAGUAAAAAGAACAAUUUCUGGACAUUUUGAUCUGCUGUCGCCGGAAUGAAACCUCAGCUCCCCGUCCCUUAUUCGUUUUAGAGCCAACCGUUCGUUAGCUGGGGCAUGGUCUCAAAAGCCAUGACCUAUCUGCAUAAACGUGAUUGUAGGGCGAGCAUAUAUAUCCUCAUAGGUUGAGAAAUAAGCCACGAAUAUCUGUUCAAUGUUAGGAUUUACCGUAUUCAUUGAUUUUAGGUAUCAUCGAGGGUCCUGGAGCCAGAGAAUUGGCAUCUCAUAGUUCCCGAUUCGAAGAUACCGAUGCUCCCUGGCCAAUCACGGCAUCU